AGAUAAUGAAUUUAAUUUUAAUAUUGUAAUUAAACACCUUUUUUGGUGACAAAGAUGGCGGAUGUGAAGAGGGUUAGAACCAUUAAAAUCAAGACUGGCGUAGUGAAGAGGUUGUCGAAAGAGAAGAACAUGUACAUCAAAGAGGCUGAAAAACAAGAGGAGAAAAUCCAGAAAAUGACAGAAGAGGGUCGCGAUGAAUAUGACAUUCGUAAACAAAAAGAAGUGCUAGCAGAGUCACACAGUAUGAUACCAGACAUAGAAAGACAAUUAGAAAUGGCACAUAAUGAAUUAUCGAAAUUACUGGAAACAGAAACUGAUCUUGCUGACACGGAAGAAUACAAGGUUGCAACUGAGCUCUUAAAAACUAUAGCAGUUUGAAUGAGAAAGAACAUAAUACAAUACAAAAAUACAUAUAAAUAAUUGUGAUAGUGUCUAGUUAGUAAUAAUAGUUAAUUAACCAUCAUUAAUGAAGUUUUGAUUUUAA